GCUUAAUUGAAUUGGUCAUGCGGAGUGUAAUAAACUUAGGUUUUAAGCUAGAUUUACUCGUAAAUUAAAGUGUUACUGCCACGCUGACUGGUCGACAUGCAGUUGUGGUAUCUGUGCCUGUUUUUAAUAGCGCCCGUUGCUUCCCUAAAAGGUACUCAGAAUAGUACCCUCUGUAGGCCCGAUCUCUGCGCGGAAAAUGAGGUCCAUGUGGGCUGCAUUCCACCCAAGUCACCAGCCAAAUCGUGCGGCCAGAACAACCUCUUCUUGCGUGUGAACGGAGCCUUGAAGUUGGGAAUUCUUCACAGGAUCAACAUGUUGCGUAACUUUAUCGCCAGUGGAGCGGGCAACCUUUCGGUGGCCGCUCGCAUGCCGACGAUGGCCUGGGAUUACCACCUGCAGCGGUUGGCCGAUCGCCAGGUGCGUCAGUGCAACGAGGUGGGAAAGUUCUGUGCCAACACGGCGGACUAUCACUAUGUGACAACCACCACAAUUCGAGGCACAAUGGGACGGAGGAGCAGCUUGGAACAUCAGAUCUUGGAUAGAAUGCUGCCGGAGAUGUUCUUGGAUGUGUUGGGCUGUAAAAUGGACGAAAACAAGAGAAUUUUGCCCAUCAGAGAAGGCACCUGCGUGGGCCACUAUAUACCCCUGAUCCAGGACCAUGGCGACAUGAUGGGCUGUGGCCUGCGCUUGAAGACCAGGACAAAGAAAAAGUCGAAUGUGAUCCUGGUCUGCCACUUUUCGCGGGCCAGUGUGAACCAUCUUCCGCCCUACGAGGAGGGUAAGCUUCCGGGAGAGAAAUGCUUCACGGGUUCGAGCCAACUGUUUAAGUAUCUGUGUCACGAGGAUGAGGAGGUGGAUGCCAACAGCCUGAAGGUGGACACCAAGAUGCCGCUCACCUCCAUAAUGCAAAAUGUCACAAGUCACACUUGAUCUAUGAAUGAAUUUUGUAUAUGCAGAAGCUACUUAUAUAGGUCAAUAAAAUAAAAUAAAGAUA